CAUGCGAUAAUAUUAUAUUGGACAAGCAAUUAGCCACACAAACAGCAACAAUAAAUUGCCUUCGACUAUCUACUUUUUGUUUAGGUGAUACAAUUUUCCUCGAGCGUUUUAAACAAUAAUAUAAUGCGUUGUACACUUCAACACUUGUACAGUUGUACAAGUACCUACCUAUCAUAAAGCCAAAAUAUAAACAAAAAAAAAAUAAUAAUUCGAUAAGGACAUGUUUACAUUUACCUAAAUGAAUAUUAUGACCUCAAUCCAGUUUAACCUAAGAAUGAUUAAUACCUACUGAGUAUAGUAGCUGAUACAGUGAUAUUGCGGUUCGUACUAUGGACUGCGUAUGUUACAUUCAAAUAACGCCAUAACCAGUCAUAGUAUAAUAAAUUGUUGAUGUGCGUAGAGUUCAUCGUACAUACAUAAGACAGUGGGUUCAAUAAUCAAGAGUUUACCUAUAUUAUAUUUUGUUUUCGAUAAAAUUAGUGUCGUGUUAAAAUAUAUUAAUUAUUUGCACGCAGAUAAUAAGUUGAUGAUUAUAUUUACCGUUGAGUUAUGGAUUUUGAAAAAUUAAUACUAGGGAUAGAUAUAGGAACAAGUUCAGUAAAAGUGUCACUUUUAGACAGCUGCACUUCAAAAUCUGUUUACGCGAAAUCGGUCCCGACCAUAGCAAAAGUUAAUCCUAGUCAUCAAAAAGGUGACGAGCAAGAUGUUGUCAAAAUUUUGAAAGCAAUGAAACAAUGCUUAAAAUCACCAGGAAAAAUGAUGGAAAAGGUAAAAGCAAUUGGUAUUUGUGGUCAAAUGCAUGGAAUAGUUUUCUGGGAUGAAAAAUUCGUACACAACUUUUGGGAUACUGAGUUUACAAGCAAAACAGAUAAAUUUGUAUCUAAUUUAUAUACAUGGCAAGAUGCACGUACAGAUUUCCAAUUUUUGGCCAAACUGCCAAAACCUCAUUCUCAUUUAAAGGCAUACUCAGGUUAUGGAUGUAAUACCAUAUUUUGGUUAAAAGAAAAUCAACCAGAAAUAUUGAGUAGUUUUAAUCAAUGCGGUACAAUUCAAGAUUUAAUUGUAUCAAUACUUUGCAAUCAAGGAAAAUCAGUCAUGUCUACUCACAAUGCGGCAAGUUGGGGAUAUUUUAAUGUAACUGACUGUUCCUGGAAUAUAGAUAUUCUAACAGAAGCAAAUUUUCCAGUUCAUCUGUUACCACCCGUCGUACAACCUGGAAUAAAUGUAGGGACAUUAUAUGAAACAAUUUAUCAUAUACCAAAAGGCGUGGUAGUUGGUGUUGCUCUUGGUGAUUUGCAAUGUUCAGUAAUAGCCACAUUAACAACAAUGACAGAUGCUGUAAUUAACAUUUCAACCUCUGCCCAAGUUGCAUUCAUAGCCAAAGAAAUUGAGAUACAAUGUGAUGGUGUUGAAUAUUUUCCGUAUUUUGAGAAUCACUUCUUGGCAGUAGCAGCUUCAUUGAAUGGUGGAAAUGUCUUAGACUCUUUUGUUAGAUCUGUGUUUAGCUGGGUAUCUGCUCUUGGAUUGACUAUAACUGAAGAUGAAUUAUGGAAUCGAUUGUUACAUUUAUCAACUGAAGAAAAUUUGACACCUCUUAUAGUAAACCCUUUAAUUUUUGGAGAAAGGCACAAUCCAACAACGUUUGGAUCAUUAAUAAAUGUUACAAAUAAUAACCUCACAUUAUCAGAAUUGUUUUCAGGUUUUUGCAAAGGAAUCAUUAAUAAUUUACUCAAAAUGAUGCCAAGAGAAAUGUUAUUGAAAGCUGGAAUUCAAAGAAUCAUAGGUUCAGGAUCAGUCAUAACCAAAAAUCAUAUAAUAAAAAAAGAAAUAGAAACUUGUUAUAAUCUUCCACUGAGUGUAACAAUGUCAGAAGAUUCUGCUUUUGGUGCAGCUUUAGCAUUAUUGAAGAAUAAUCCUUCCUUAUUCAAUUAGUAAACAUACUUCAUAUAUGUGUUAUUCAUAAAAUAUAAAAGAACGUAAAAGAAAUGUUUGGUAUAUUUAUAGAUGUACAACAUGGAAUCAUCGACUAAAAAAUGUAUUUCACUACAAUAUUGCAAUCAUCAUAACUACUAUAUUAUAAUUUAUAAAUGAAAUGUAAAUAAAUAAUAAUAAUAAUAAUAAUAAUAAAAAAAAAAUGAUUUUUAUCAAUAUUAAGUACAGUAAAUAAAUAUUUAGUAUUAACAUUAAAAAUAAACAUAUUUUUAGUACCUAUUUGAAUUGU